CGCUGCUGCGUAGAAGCCAAACAACACCCGACCUAAGGCGUCUCCAGUAGACACGGUAGCUUCAGAUAAAUCGCGGAAAAUGCAUUCAGCCGCACUGGACGGCAAUGGUUCCCCGAGGAAACGCGCGUUUUCUCGGGGAUUGAGCGAAGACGAGUCUCUCCGGAGCAUCAUUGAGACUGAGAGCUCAUCCAGGCGCCUGACACGAAGUGAGAGCCGAACAGGUACUCUGAAGAGGACGACUGACAGCCAGUCUGACCAGGAUCUCCUCAUGGGACUUCCAGAAAUGCUGGAGCUGCAGGCCAGCUAUGAUGAGGUGGUGCAGGAGCUGCGUGGGCUGGAGGUGGAGCGAGAGACUCUAUUGUUCCAGGUGGACGUCCUGCAGGACACUCUGGAGAGUGCAGAGGAGCUGCUGGCUGAGGCACAGAGGGAAGCUGGACAGGCUAGUAUGGAGCUGGAACUAGAGAGAGAAGCCAGGAAGAAACAGGAGAGUCUGGUGAGCUCUCUGAGGCGGGAGGUGGAGAGAUUAAAAGAGGAAAUGAGCAACAAACCACCUGCUUCAGGGAACGUGACGGAUGAAGUAACUAGCGCACAGCUGAUAAAUCACGUUGGCUCAGAGGUGAUUAAAGGUGCUGGGAGAGAAGAAAAGGACUCCACUCUGUGUGAAGCUCACAGCAGCAUCAAAGCCAGUGAAGAGCAGGAGGUUUCAGAAGCUCCAGAUGAACAAAGCCUCCUGACAAAGCUGCGGAGGAUGGUCAGUCCACCUUUGAGCCAAUCUCUUGCUCUGGACAACCUGGUCUCCAUCGAUGGAGUCCACCAGAGACCAUAUAAAAACCACACGGAGGACGGGCGGGACCUUUCUCCGGACAGGGACGACUCUGCCUACGAGGACGCCUCAGCUGAGACUCCGGAGCAGGAGAUGCUUCCAGGUGACGGAGACCUGCCUCUCGAUUCAGAGAACAAAGAGAACGGUUCGGCCCCCGGCGAGACCCAGGAGCUCAGAAACCCUGAAGUGUGCGUUUUGUCCUAAUUCUAACAGGCUGAUGACGUUCGUUAGCAAUUUGGUACAGUUCAAGAGUUCUUUGAGUUUAUUUUUAUCUCCCGUUGAAGCAGAAACGUUAAUCGUUUCAGUCACUUUAAGGUAAAU